CUGUGGGCUGACGUCCUGAUAUUAGUAACAGUUGUUUUUUGAUAGUAUUCUUAUACGUGCACGAAUUUAAUAUAUUUCUUUCAACUUUGUUCUUAAUUUAACCAAAAGCAGAUUACAGUAUGUUCCUCUGGGACUGGUUCACUGGUGUCCUAGGAUACUUGGGAUUGUGGAAAAAGUCUGGGAAGUUACUCUUCCUAGGACUGGAUAAUGCAGGCAAAACAACUCUACUGCACAUGCUCAAGGAUGAUCGCUUAGCUCAGCAUGUUCCAACACUGCAUCCAACAUCAGAAGAACUGUCAAUAGGCAACAUGAGAUUCACAACAUUUGAUUUAGGGGGCCAUCACCAAGCACGACGUGUUUGGAAGGAUUAUUUCCCUGCUGUGGAUGCAAUUGUGUUUUUGGUGGAUGCUACUGACAGAGGCCGAUUUGUAGAGAGUAAAACAGAGCUGGACUCUCUGCUGACUGAUGAACAGCUGAGCAACUGCCCUGUACUCAUUCUUGGAAAUAAGAUUGAUCGCCCAGAAGCUGCAUCUGAGGAUGAACUGAGGAGCUUCUUUGCUUUGUAUGGCCAGACCACAGGCAAGGGUAAAUUACCUCGAGCUGAGCUUCCUGGACGCCCUCUUGAACUCUUCAUGUGCUCUGUGCUGAAGCGUCAAGGUUAUGGAGAAGGCUUCCGAUGGUUGGCCCAGUACAUUGAUUGAUGUGUCUGCUGAAAUGAACUUGUGUGAUGUGUAACAUCUAAUUAUGAUGAAGCAGACAUUUCCUUCAGCUACUUGAAAUUUACAAAACCACUGUUGGGAUACUAUAAUUUAAUUUUCUUCCUAAGGUCUUGUUGCAAGCUUGCAGCCAUGUUGUGACAGUUUGAAAUGUGCAUGUCUGUUAAUGGAAAGGCAGAUCAGUCAUCCUUGAAUCUGUGAAUGUAGUCAACCCAAAUAACUUGUUCAACUUGUUUCAGUUGGGCUUUGAAUUUCAGACAUGUUUUACAAGUCUUUUUAAAAUAGCACAUUUCAAAUUGUAUAAAUAUUUUUGGUGAACACUUCAGAAGAAUUUGACUGAAGCGAAAACUACUGAGCAGGAAGUAAUCUUGGACAUUAAAUAAGACCAGUGUUGCUGUAAUUGUUUACUACUUGAUGUAUGGACAAUUCUUAAUUUUGU